UAACACGAUAAAAACAAUAAUAACCAUAAUACCAAAUAGUAAUGUCAGAGUUGGAAUCAGUUCCGUACACAUUUUAUUUUAAUACCUAUACGCAUAUCGCAAUCUGCUUCUGUGUACGAUUCAGUUAUUUUACAGUAUUGUGUUCAAUAGUGUAAAAUUAUCAAAUCCAUGUCUAAGAAUAUGUAUUCGGCUGUCCGCUAUGUUAGCUGGGAAAAGUAAUCCAGACUGUGAAUUCGAAGACAUGACGUCUAACGAUUCUGGCGUGGAAAGCAGCACGGACAACGACGAUUGUGCGCAACCGAAGUUCAACAAGAGACUUGUGUCAUCCGCCGAGAUGUCUCUAGUGCCUGUGCAGAGGAUGAAGAACCACGAUUUUCCGUUGUCGUUGUGCCUGAAUUCUAUAUCUGAACCCCCAAUCGUGUUUGCUCGACCUAUGAUCAACGAGAUUCCAGGUCGUAAGUUCAAGUGCCUAUUCGAGUUGGCCAACCCCACGUUUCCGGGCACGUUGGAUAGAUUUCAAUCCUGUCUAACUCCCAUACAAGAAUACACAGAAAUGUUGUUGAAAAUGGAGAAGAAAGGCAGUUAUACUCAAUCCAAAAGCAAUAUUGGCCCGUGCCGUGCUCAUUCAUGUCGUAGUUAUAUGAGAUCAAAUGCUUUUCAGUCCAGAGACAGUCACAAACUUUGUCGAGCGGCAAACAUGAAUAACACUGAACUACUGGAGCAAUUUCUCAAGAAUGGUGUUGAUCCAAAUUGUUGGGAUAGUAGAAAACGUACACCCUUACAUUUGGCAGCAAGUAAAGGAUAUGCAGAAGCUGUGGGAUUGUUAUUGAAAUACGGUGCCAAUCCAAAUAUAAAAGAUGCUUUGGGAAACACUCCAUUACAUUUGGCUGCCUGUACACAUCAUAUGGAUGUAGUAACAUUACUCUUAAAAGGAGGAACAGAUGUAAGUAGCUGUGAUGCCCAAGGCCGAAGUCCUCUACAUUUGGCUCAAUCAAAAUUGCGUCUGUUGACUCAUUGUAAAAGUGACGUUUGUACAUCAGUUAAACAAACAGUGCUACAGGUAAUUGAAAUGCUAUUGGCAUAUUUUGAUAAAAAAAAUAGCUCAGAUGAAGCAGAACUAUUGAACGCCUUCCAAACUAGAUUACAAAUAUCAGAUUCAGGUGAAAGGGUUAGCACCGAAAUUCAAGAUCUUUUAAACAAUUUAUCUACAUUAAAACUAAAUAAAUAAGCCUGAAAUCAUUAAAAACAUUUUUUUUUAGAUUAA